UCCACGUUGGCCGCACAUGCGCAGAGAGCUCGGUCACCUGCUGGAAAUCAAAAGCGAACAAGGAAGUCUCGCCCUGCAGGACUGGAUGUCAGGCUGGUGCAAGAACUAAACACGUCCCCCCCGCGGAUUGUAGUCGUCUGCUCGUCGGCUGUUUGCUACAUCAGCGUGACGAGAUGUUUAAGAAGCUGAAGCAGAGGAUAAACGAGGAGCAGUCGCCGCAGAGGAGUGCGCAGUCACCACAACAGGCCCAGUCGGGCAGUGGAGACCGGCGCAGCAGCCAAACCCCUCCGUUAUACCACGAUGGUUCGCCCACUCCCAGUGACAGAGAGAUGCUGGCCGGGAUGAUAGCAGAGCCCGCUUUUCUCUCUGAGUAUACUAUCUUUGCUCUGGACCAUUCAAAACGACCCAAAACGGCCCAGGUAGCCAGUGUGGGUGCCCCUAAAGGACCAGCGAGAUCUCCCAGAGGUAGCAUCAAUGGGGAUGGAAGUGCUUCUCCUCACAGAGAGGAGACGCAGUCAUUUGCCCAGAAGCUGCAGUUAAAGGUUCCCUCAAUGGAGUCGUUGAUUCGUGGCGGCGCCAGUCGGGCAGAAAACCUGUUCCGCUCCCCCUCUAAAGAAAACCUGGUCCGAAGCUCAUCACGUGACUCCCUGACACCUUUAGGAGAAAACGAGUCCCUGGGCACCCCAACAUAUGACCCCCCCUCUGAUAUCGAGAGCGAGGCUGAGGAGCCACCAGGCAGUGCAGAGUCUCUUUCCAAAGAGCAGCUGUUGCAUCGGAUGCUUAGAGUGGAGAGGAGCCUGGGAAAGUACAGAGGGAAGUACUCAGAGCUGGUUACUGCGUACCGAACAGUACAGCGAGAUAAAGAAAAAACGCAGGUUAUCCUCAGUCAGAGUCAAGAUAAAGCUCUCCGCAGGAUAGGGGAGCUGCGGGAGGAGCUUCAGAUGGACCAGCAGGCCAAGAAACAUCUACAGGAAGAGUUUGAUGCUGCACUGGAGGAGAAGGACCAGAUGAUCACUGUACUCCAAACACAGGUUGCUCUCUUAAAGAAACGUGUCAAGGGGGUCUCUGAUGGUGCUGACAUUCCUCAAUCUGAAGAUGCUCCGGACUCUUCACCACAAAGUCCGUCAAAACAAGGAGUAGAGUCUGAAGUCACUGAAGGAGAGGGCAGCAGUGAUCCAACCAAAGUCAUGGAGGCUCUGCAGAAGAGAGUGAAGAGGCAGGAAAACAUCCUGCAGAAGUGCAAAGAAGUGAUGCGUACACACAAGGAGCGGAGCGCCCAGCUGGGCACCGAGAAUGAAACUCUGCAGGAGCAGCUGCAGGAGAGGCUGCAGGAGCUGGAGAAGAUUAAGGAGCUGCACACAACAGAAAAGACUAAGCUGAUCACUCAGCUGCGUGAUGCAAAGAACCUUAUUGAACAGCUGGAGCAGGACAAGGGAAUGGUCAUUGCUGAGACAAAGCGGCAGAUGCAUGAGACAUUAGAAAUGAAAGAAGAUGAGGUGGCACAGCUACGCUCCAGGCUCCAGCAGGUUACUGCCCAGAAAGAAGAAUUGCAGGAACAGAAAGAAAAGGCUGAGAAAUCAGCAUUUGAAGAACUUGAACGAGCACUGGGUGUAGCCCAGAAGGCCGAGGAGGCCCGAAAACAGCUGCAGGUUCAGCUGGAGGCGCAAGUCAAAGAAGUUGAACGGGCCAGUGAGGAGGAGAGGAAGAGUCUGCAGCAGGAGCUCACACGAGUCAAACAGGAGGUUGUCACCAUCAUGAAGAAAUCAUCAGAGGAAACUGUGGCCAAACUGGAAAAACUCCACAGUGAAGCUUUGGCUGCUAAAGAAGAAGAGACAAGUGCCAGAAUCCACAAAGCUGUGGAGCAAUGCAAAGAAGAUUUUGCCCAGUUACGUAAGGAGCGGGAACAGCAGGCUUCUCUGGCUCUGGAGGAUGUGGAGUUACAGAAGACGGCUAUCAGGACAGAAGCUGAAAACAAGGUUAAAGAGAUCCAGUUGGAGCUGGAGGCUGCGAGAACUAGAAUACUGGAGCUGGAGAGCUCUCUGGAGAAAAUCUCACAGGAUGGAUCAAGUCUGUCCCAUGAACUUUCCAGUCAGCUGGACGAGCUGAAGGCUAAACACAAAGAGCAAAUCUCCGCAUUAGAGGAGAAGCACCAGGAGCAGCUGAAAAAGCACAAGGGCACCCUAACCCAGCAGCGUAAUGCUGCCCUUGAAGAGCUCAAGGAAGAACACAGAGUUGAAGUAGAGACCCUCCUGCAUAAUAAAGAACUGCAGUUCCAAGCACACGUUGAAGACAUGAACCAGAAAACUUUAGAGAAACUGGAUGCAAAGCAGACAGAGCUAGAGGCAAUUUCCACUGAACUUUCUGAGGCUUUGAAGAGUAAGCAGCUUCUGGAGGAGAAGUUGGUGGUAGCUGAAGAUGCUCAUAGGCUAGCUGAACAGGAACAUGAGAAUAAAAUCCAAGUUUGGGAGGCAAAGCACAAUGUAGAGCUUGCAAAUAUCAAACAGGAGCACGAGCAGUCUCUUGGAGGAAUAGAGAAGACUCUGAAGGAGGAACUUAACGCGUUGAAAAUUGUUCUGAGGGAAAAGGAAAAGGAAAUUGAAGGACACAUGCUUAGAGAAAAAACAUUACAAGAGGGAUCACAAGAGUUAAAUGCCAAGGUUAAAGAAUUGGAGGAACUGCAGCAGUGUGUAUCACAGUACCAGAUGGAAAAUGGGAGCCUAAAAGAAUCUAACGCACAGUUAAGUAAAGUCUCAGAGGACCUUGUUCAGUGUAAGAAGGAUUUGACAGAUUUGGAGCAUCAGUUGGAAGAAGCAAAGAAUGAUUGUCAACAAAAAGACAAAUCACUUCAAGAACUAGAGCAGCAAUUACAGCAGAGCAGAAAGGAGUUGUCAGAGCAGGAGAAGUCAUAUACUGAAGAACUGAACACUAAGCAGGAGGAACAAGCACGCCUCAAGAAACAGCUGGAUGACGAAAAAGCUGCCCACGAGAAGAAGAUGAAAAACGUUAUAUCUGAGAUGGAAGCUAAGCUGAAAACACAGGAAACAAAAAUGGAAAAGUUUAAACAGAAAGCCAAAGACAUGCACGAGAGCUUUAAGAAAAAGCUCCAGCAGAAUGAAGAAACCAUGAAGAAGGAACUUGCUAAAAAGGAGAAAGAGCUUCAGCAGAAAGAGCAACAAGUUCAAGAGAAAAUUUUAGAGAUGGCCCAAAAAAGUUCCCAAGGCCUCAGCAGUGCAAUGUCGGAACUGCAGGCUAAUCAUAAGGAAGAACUGGAGAAGCUACAUGACACCCACAAGCAUGAGAUUGAGGAGCUGGAGCAUCGUUGGCAGGAGAAGAUGGGACAGCAGGAGGAAGAAUUAACAGAGAAACACUCGCACAUACUACAGGAGAAGGCUCAGGAACUGGAGGACAUUUCUCAGCAACUUAGCAAAAGCAAAGAGGAGAACGAGCAAGUGUUGUGUGAGAUAAAGGAUUUAAAGGAGGACCUGGCGAUUCGAGAGACCACUGUGCAGAAGCUGCAAGAAGAGCUUAACGAAGCAGCAGUUAAGCUUGAAAGUUUGUCCCAGGCCGAGGCGUUGCUCAAAGAGCAAAUGGAGUCAGUGGAGAGGAAUCUCAACCAGGCGCUGAAUGAGAGAAACUCUCUCCAAGACCAGCUCAACAUAACAAAAGAGGAAAGCAGAGAGCAGUUAAAGACCUUGUCAGAGAAGCUGGAGGACACAGAGAUGCAGCGUAAAGCACUGGAAGGUUCCAGAUGUAAGGAAAGCGAGGACUUGCAGAAUAAAUUUGAGGAAAAUGUCAUUCAGCUACAAGCCGCUAUCCAGAGUAAAGAAGAACAAAUUUGCACUUUAGAGGAGAAUCUCCGACAGCAGACGGAGGAGAAUAAGAAUCUAUGCAUUUCAUUAGACCAGAUGACCGCUCAGGUAAAUGCUCAUACUGAGCAUGUCAAAGCCUUAACACACGAGAAGGAGAACCAUUCUCAGUCUAUCAGUGAGAAAGUUCAGAGAAUUGAGGAGCUGAGUGCAGAAAACAGAACCAUAUCAGAAAGUUUGAAAACAAACGAGUCGCUUAUCGGUGACUUGGAAAGCAUCAUCAGCGACUUGAAAAAUCAGCUUGCAAGUAGCAUAAAAGAGAAGGAGGAAGCCAUAAAUCAGCUUAACCGGCAGUAUAAAGAGGAGACCCAACAUGCUGCUGAGACCAUAGAGAGAUUAGAGCAGGAGAAGAGGUCUGCUUUAGAGCAGGCGGAUGCACUCAGGAACAGUUUGACUGAGUAUGAGAACAAAGCAGAGACCAAGUUCACUCAAAAUGACAACACUAUCACAUCUCUACAGACCAGGCUUGAGGAGCUGGAGCGAGAAAUCUCUGAGAAGAACGAAGCUCUGCAACGGCUGACAGCAAGUAUUAACAAUCAGUCUGUCAGCAAGUCCGAGAUGGACCAGGUUCUGAGUGAGAAAGAGCAGACGGUCAGUGGACUUACCUCAGAGCUCGAGAGUUGCAUCAGUCGACUCGGUGAGCUUCAGGAGCAGUUAGCCUUAAAGACACAAGAGUGUGAGCAACUCACAGCUGACCUCAAACAGCAACACAGCAUCAGGGAGAAUGAAAAGAAAGAGUUGGUGGAGCAGCUGCAACAGACCCAGAUGCAGUGCGCUCAGAACGGGAAUUUGGAGCAGGAGUGGGUAGAAAAACUACGCUCCCUUGAGGAAGACAACCAAAAGUGUAAAAUCAACCUUGAAAGUCAAAGAGAGGAAUUUGAAAAGAUGAAAGAUGAGGUUAUCAAGAGCAAAGAGGAGAGUCUGAAGGCAGCUGAAGAGAGGUUAUCAGCAGAGAGUGCCCGGAAAGUGUCAGAGCUGAAGAAGAAAGCUGAGCAGAAAAUCGGUCAGAUCAAGAAACAGCUAACCUGUCAACUUGAGGAGAAAGAGCAGACAAUCAAGGCUCUUCAGACCAACCUGGAGGAGAUCAAGAGCAACGAAACGUCCAGCAAACAACACACAGAAACAUUAGAAGAGAAAACAAAAACACUCCAGGAAGCUCUUGUCAAGCUUAAGGAAGAGCAGGAGAAACAACUCGAAGAGAUUCUGAGUAAUGAGAGGCUUGAGAGAGAAAAGUCGCUAGAGGAACUCAAAAACAUGUACGAAGAGAAGCUGUCCUCGCUUCAGAGAGAUUUAGCGCAACAAGAGGAGCUCCAAGAAACUGAAUCAAAGCUACAUGAAAUCGAAGCAAAGCUAAAAGGAGCAGAAGAGCAGAACGAAAACCUUCUUGCAGAAAUUAAUCGGCUGAAAGAAGAAAUAAGCGCAAAGGAUGCUCAGCUCGGUCAACACCAGGGAGCUAUUAAGCAGGUCCAAAAUCUAUCACAACCUGAGGGCGAGAUGAUGGUGGAAUGUAGCAGCGUACAGCAAACCAAGAGCGCGAUGGAAAACCACUCUCAGAUGGAAGAACUGGACGGCGAUUCUCACGAGUCUCUCAAGAACAGUCUGAGUCAGAUGAAGAACGAGAAAGAGAAACUCCAAAAGGACUUCACCAGGCUGCAGAAAGACAUCCGAUUACUAAGGAAGGAGCAUGAACAGGACCUAGAGUACAUAAAGAAAGAGUUGUUAGAGGAGAAUGAGAAAAAGCUAAAGUUGGAGUUGGAAGAUGCCGAAAUGAAGCACAAUUCUACCAUCAAGCAGUUAAUGAGGGAGUUCAACACACAAAUGGCUUUGAAAGAGACGGAGCUUGAUUCAUCAGUGAAGGAAACCAUUGCCAAGGCCCUGAGUGUAGAAGAAGAACUCAUCAGUAGCCAUCGAGAAGAAGCCAGUCAGCUGAGGAAGCUGAUUGCCCAGAAGGAGGAUGAUUUGCACAGAACAGUUCAGAAAUAUGAACAGGUUAUACAGAGUCGGGAGGAGGAGAUGGGAGGCAGAGUGUGGCAGGUCCAAAAAGAAUUGGAGGAGUUGAAAGGAAGGAGCCAAGGCACUUCUGAGAUGAGCGCAGAAGAACUACAGGCUCAGCUAGCGGAGAAGACGACUCUGCUGAGCGAGGCUCGGCUGAAGGAGCAGGGCUUUGUUGAGAGAAUCCACUCGCUUGAGGACAAGAUUAAAUGUUUCCACCGAACCACUGUCGUAACUCAUCUCGGGAGCACAUUCAAAGAUCCUGGAUUCAACAGCACUGACGCCCUCUCAGAAGCCACUGAGAUGGAGUACCUGAGGAAGGUGCUGUUUGAAUACAUGAUGGGACGGGAAACAAAAACGAUGGCCAAAGUGAUUACCUCCAUGCUCAAGUUUCCUCCAGACCAAGCUCAAAAGGUUUUGGACAAAGAAGACUCUAAAACGACCCCUUGGUUACGAUGAGUGUCGAAAUGAUUUGUGAACUUCUGAAUGAAAAUCUGCUGCUACUGCUGCUGAAGGGGAAGACUGCCAUGGAUUUGAUCAAGCCCUUCUCUCUGCAUUUCUUGUCAUUUUAGUGUGUGUGUGUGUGUGUGUGUGUGUGUGUGUGUGUGUAUGGUGCAGUAUGUGUGAAUAUAUCUAAAGGUAUGAGGGAAUUAGAGAACAUGCCAGAAACACAAAUCUUCCAUGAAUCCAGUUUUACUCUGAAAUUAAGUUUGUUAAUUUAUGUGUUUUAGGUUAAGUUAAAUUCUUUCCAUUUUAUUUUAGACUGUGUUUAUACAGAUUGGCUUGUGCAAUAAAUUAAGUCAUUAUCACAUAUUGAUGCUGACAGGUCAGUUGAUUUAUAGGUUUCUGUGUCGUGUUGUCUGAAUCACUUCCUCUGUAAAACUGUAAACGACCCUUUAACUGUGCACUCGCACCACAUUAAGAUAUACUGGCCUCUGGACAUUGUUUAACACAGCUUUUCUAUGCUUUAUAUUUUGACACUGACAUAGAAACACAAAAACACAAACUGUAAAUUGUACUAUGAUAAUUAAAACUGUACUAUAGAGGGCACUAUAUGACUUGCUAUACAUUUUCAGACUAACAGAUUAAAUCUUAUUUACAGAAC